AUUUCAACAAUCGGCACAACAACAAUUCAAACAACUACAGCACCAAACUCUUUAGUCAUGAAUCCAACAUCUAUGUUAGUAGAGAUGAAAAGCUUCAUUCCUUCUUCAUAUACUUUUGAAACAGAAAUCCAGAAGAUAAAGCAAGAACUUUUAACAAGUAAUUUAGACUGUAGUGCGAAAGAUGAAACAAAUGAACAGUAUCUUUAUGAAAUGCAGGACAUUAUUGACCAUUUGCCUAAACUACCUGAAAUCCAACAACAAAAACUCACUAUUCCUGAAUUCGACGAAAUAGAAGUCAAAGCAACUGACUCAGUAGAAAUAAAGAA